GAUGCAACAGACGCAGUAAGAGAAAAUAUAUGGGAAAAUGGCCCUCGAUAAUGUACUUUUCGCGCAAUGCAUCCUCUAUUUUUUGGCGUUUGUGUUUGGCUUUAUUUCCGUAGUGCCUCUCUCCGAAAACACGGAGGAUUUUCAUGGAAAAUGCUUGCUUUUCACGCGUGGUAUGUGGCAGAAUGAGAACAUCACAGUUUCAAAGCAGCGCUUCAUCGUUGAGGAGUGGGGACCGGAGUCUUCCUGCAGUUUCAUCACUUUUGUCGGGAUAGCAUCUCUGGUCCUCUCCGCAGUGCAGGCAUGGAGACUGCUGUUCUUUCUUUGCAAAGGCCACGACGAUUCCCUGUUCAAUGCCUUCCUGAAUCUGGUGAUCAGCUCCCUGGUGGUGUUCACAGUGUUCCUCUCCAGCACCAUCGUCAGUGUGGGCUUCAACCUGUGGUGUGACGCCAUCACAGAGGGAGGGAGCAUGUCCAGCAGCUGUGAGGACCUGCAGGACACUGAUCUGGAGUUAGGCCUUGACAACUCCUCGUUCUAUGACCAGUUUGCCAUUGCUCAGUUUGGUCUGUGGGCAGCGUGGCUGACGUGGAUGGGUAUCACGGUCAUGGCCUUCCUCAAGGUCUACCACAACUACCGCCAGGAGGACCUUUUGGACAGUCUGAUCCACGAGAAGGAGCUGCUGCUGGGACGCUCGUCCCGCCGGGGCUCUGAUGCCAACCAGAUGAAGAGUGGCAUGGUCUAACACCCAGAGGACACGUGCACAUCACUGAAACAUAUCCUCUUAUCCUACCCUUACUGCCAUCAUAGAUAGGCCAGCCCCUGACAACCUAUAUACCAUCAAUUGAAAUUCCAUUAACUGUGAUUAGAGUGCAUUGUUAUGCCUUGCUUACAUAUACUCCUCCUCAGAUAUAUGCAGUCUGAUUUACCAGUUGAAAACGCUGCUGUUGACAGCAAAGCGUAGGGUAAAGGCAUUCCGGCUGUAUUGUGGAGCUGAUUCAAUCCACUUGUCCACUUGCUAUAUUUAUAUUUGUUAAUGAGUUACUGCUGACAUGUCUUCCCCUUCAAGGCACUCACUGGAGUGUAAAUUGGCUCAGAGAAUCAAGGCCAUUUAAUGAGGAUAGAAAUGGGAACAUAGAGACUUCUUUUAAAAAUGACUUCCUAUUUAGCUGCACUUAGAUGAUAACACAGGGUGGUUAAAGGAUGGUGAAAAUGGAUCUUUUUUAUUUAAUUUUUUACUGUGUGCAUGUAACGUUAGACGUGUGAGCAGGAUGUAGUUGUUGGUGUUGGGCAAUAUAUUUUUUGUAACAAUCCAAUACAUUCAGAUUGUGCAGGCUUUCAGUAAUGCGUGACUUCCUUGCCUACGUGCAGCAACAGAGUAUGAUGUGUGCUUUAGCAGUGUAUUAUACAGUAUCUACAAUUACCAAACAGUAUUUUGUAAACAUGAAAACUGUACUAUGUAAGAGACAUGUAUGGUCAAUGAACUUAAGUUGACUGGGACAGAACUCAGGAGGAAAUGCCUAAGAGUCAUAUAGCUAGAUAAAUCAGUCUACCUGAUCAUCCUGAUAAUCAUCAAAAGUUCAGGCUGGUCAUGAGGCACAGGGUCCGAUAUUCCUCCAUCCUCAUGCCCCAAAAAAACAUUGACUGUGAGUGAACAAAUUAUAAGUAACAUAGAUGGGAUAACUCAUUAUCCAAGGCCAGUUCUGUGCUGUUGUGUGUGAGGAAAUGUAGUACGCAGUGUGGAAAGAUGGAUCAUCACUUUAUUACACACACACACACACACACACACACACACACACACACACACACACACACACACACACACACACACACACACACACACACACACACACACACACACACACACACACACACACACACACACACACACACACACACACACACACAGAUCUUGGUAUGCAAUGA